CUCGCCCUUUUGGAGCUCCCUCCCCUCUUCGACGAUUCAAAAAUCCCUCUUCUCCUGUCCGCUUCCUCUCCGGCCGCCGCCGCUAGGGUUUGGUUUCCGCCGCCUCCUCCGGCUGGUCCCGUCCCGCCCGCCGCCGCCUCUGCUCUCCUUGUUCCGGUCAGCACCCUGAAAGUUGCACAAUAACCCUGAGCAGUCUUCACCAAGGAAACGGGCUGUCUGCUUGUCUGAUGUGCUAUUCUUGUUCUGGUAUAUAAAUCGGCUGCUAUUUAGGACACUUCUUGAUUGAAAAUGCCAACAAGAAAAAAAGGCCUUGCAAGAAAUGCCACCACUGAGCAUAUCAAUCCCCCAAAUAGCCGAAAAUCAAGCAGAUCAACUCAGGCUGCAGCUGCUGAACAUAAAGUCAAUGAUCUGAUCACUUCUUCCUCCAAAAAGCAGAUCGGUGGAGGCCUUCUGAAGAAAAAUCGAGCUCUUAGGGGUGGGAAAAAAUUGAAUUCUAUUUAUGAUUCUGCUGGUACUGGAAAUGAUGUCGCGGGCGUGCCAAGUAGCAGUUUCUUCAAUCACAAGCAAUCUCAUGAAAAUGAUGAAGAUCGUUCAUGUGAUUCCAUAUUUUCUCCCAGUUUUCACAAUCAGAAGGAAGAUGUUACUGACUGCUUGAGCGAAGGCUUAGUACAUGAAGAAGUCAUACAUGAGCCUGUUCAGAAUGCUGAAUAUGUUACCAAUAGCAUAUCAUGCAAUACUUUUGAUGGUUUGAGCAAACACUCUUAUGAUAUUCAUAUGCAAUCGGCAUGUGGAAGCACGCUCGAAGGUGAUGAAUUCAGUGAAUUGGGCAGCCUUUCUCCUGAAGUGUCUGCUAUAUAUCUUGCAAUGCAGCACUCAAAGCUAGAGUGUAUUGAUGAACAAAGCCAAGAUUCUACCUCAACAGAUGGGUGUGCUGAUCCUGAUGAAACUGUAGAGCUUGAUUAUUUUGAUCCGUAUGCCUUCAUAAAAGAUUUGCCUGAUUUAUCUUUGGUGGUUCCCAAGUUUCAACCUGUUCUUCUUCCAAAGCAAACUCGGAGCUGUCCUAGAACUACCCUUGUCCUUGAUCUGGAUGAGACACUGGUGCACUCUACUCUUGAGCCCUGUGAAGAUUCUGACUUCACAUUCCCAGUUCAUUUUAAUCUCAGAGAGCACACAAUCUAUGUGCGUUGCCGUCCAUAUCUGAAAGAGUUCUUGGAGACAGUAGCAAGCAUGUUUGAGAUCAUCAUUUUCACAGCUAGUCAAAGUAUUUAUGCAGAACAGCUACUUAAUAUUCUUGAUCCUAAAAGGAGGUUGUUCCGCCAUCGAGUUUACCGCGAGUCCUGUCUCUUUGUGGAGGGAAACUACUUAAAGGAUCUAUCAGUUCUUGGACGUGACUUGGCUCGUGUGGUCAUUGUUGAUAAUUCACCACAGGCCUUUGGGUUCCAAUUAGACAACGGCGUCCCUAUUGAAAGUUGGUUUGAUGAUCGUAAUGACAGAGAACUCCUAACAUUACUUCCAUUUUUGCAAAGUUUGGUUGGGGUGGAAGAUGUCCGGCCAUGUAUUGCAAGGAAGUUCAACCUUCGUGAGAAGGUUGCCACUGCACCUUCUCUCUCUAUGCACUUUUAGAUGAUCAAAUCAUUUUCUGGGAUAUAGAGAAAUAAAUUGAAGUGGCAGUUGUACUCUAUAGAGAAGGAAAACAUGGGCAGUUGUGUGAAUUGCUGGAGAGGACCCAAGGUGGUGAAUUAUCUGUAUCUUUGCCCUGGUGUAAUCCUGUGUACUUGGAACCCAUAAAAUCGUGUAAAAUAUGCUCUGUUGUACUAAUAUUUAUACCUGAAGAACUAGGGAAUCCUGUGUUAGCAUUAAGUUAAAAUACUCUACAUGAGAGUUGGCAUGGCCUUCUUGUUGUGCAUUGCAGAUAGAACUGCUCAGCACACAAUAGAUUAUCCUCUUGGUCCAGUGAGUCUGUAAUUGUCGAAAGUAAUGUUCUAUCCAUAUGCUCCAGUAUGUACUUGUCAAAAAUAAUGUUGCAGAUAGAAUAAAUCCGCAUUUCUAUUUUCA